AUAAUCAUUCAAAUGUCAGGGGAAGUAGAAGCCUGAACCUUGGACCGGUCACAAAAAGUAGUCUACAUUUAUUUUUUAUUUUUUUUCCAGAAACCGGGAAAAGGACCUUGAGGGUGACACAAUGGUGAUGGAGGGGGAGCCUACAGACUUGGUGAAAGUGCUACACCUUCUUGCACUCUCUUUCUCCUGGGGCAUGCAGGUCUGGGUCUCUUUCAUAGCAGGUUUUGCAUUGGUGUGGCAGGUUUCUCUGCACACCUUUGGCCUGGUACAGAGUAAGCUUUUCCCUGUGUAUUUCUAUUGUCUAAUGGGGAGUAGUGGUGUCAGCUUAGCUCUGUAUGCUGUGUACCACCCCAGAGAUCUGCUGGACUGGCAUGAAAGUUUACAGAUGGCUCUGUACUUUGUGGCACUGGUCAUGGCCGGUCUAAACGCUCGCUGGUUUGGCCCAGCAGCCACUGAGGUGAUGUUCCAAAUGAGGGAGGUGGAGAAGGAACAUGGCUUGGGGAAUCAGAUUGGCUUUAGCACCCAGAGAGAGGCAUAUGCUAAGCUCAGAGAGCAGGACCCCAAGUACAGAGCUUACAAGAGCACAUUUGGCCGAUACCACGGGCUGUCCAACCUCUGCAAUCUGCUCGGAGUCAUCUGCACCACAACCAAUUUGAUCUACACAGCUUUGAAUUUAUCCACUAUUUAGAGAACAAAAUGUUUCAAAAAUAUGAAACACAUCUCUGUUGAUUUCAGUAUUUUGCAAUGCUGCAAAAUCAUUUUCUUUAAUUAUGUAAGUGACAACAUGAAAGUGUAAAUACAAAUCGUGCAUAAGUUUUAUUACACCUGUGGAAAAAAAUGUCACUUUUAUGUUGCCAAGCGCUUUUCUUCUUCUUGUCAAUUAGUAUCUAAUUGGCGCUUGAAAAUGUGACUUAACAAUUAUUUGAACAUCAUUUAUUUUUAAACUUGCCUUUGAAAACAUACUUCGUUAAAAUGUACUCAGCAAACUUCACCUGCUGUCUGGGCAAUGUCCUAUCAUUCCCAGCAGGGGGCGAUGUUUAGACAAAAGAAUAUUCUGGUCCAUCAGCAGCAUAGUACACUGCACUUCAUACAUAAGAUAUUGUUAAAUCUUUUAUCGAAAUGUAAAUAUAAAAUUACAUCUAUUACAACAGGUGUAUAGGAGAGUAAUUAGUCCAUGCAAGCACACUGUCUCACUUUUAAAAAUACAUUCAUUAGCUGCAAGUUCCGUCACAUUUUGCUUGCAAUGGGUUUGUAAUAUUUACAGUCUGAUAAAGUUAUGAUACAAUGUUUUAUUUCUUUAUUUAGUUCUGAUUGAGUGAUUAAACUAUCUGCUGUUGUAUUGCAUUAUACCUUGGUCAGUUUUUGUGUUCUUGUCAUUUUUGCCCUGAAAUAAAACUUGUUUUAAUUGA